CGACAAAGGGGAAAGCGAACAGAAACACAAGUAUUGUUAAACGGAGGGAUUUUGGUCUUUUCAGCGCUCGGACAGCUACAUGCAUGUAGAGAGAGAAAUGAGAGGGGUGGUUUUAGAGAGAGAAAAUAUGUGUGCAGAGAGAGAGAGAGAUGAGGAAGAACAGCUGAUGACUUGCUGCUGACUGACGUGAAGAUCUAGGAGGAGGACUGAACUCUGUUUUUUGCAAUUUUUCGCCUCUGCUAUGGAAGGUAUAUCUCCAGAUAGAGAUUCGGUGGAAUCUGCAACUAAAAAGUCCAGUAUUUCAUCUGGUGGUAGGGCUCAGGAUAGGAAGGAGUUCUUCCGCAGGUUUGUGGACGGUGAAAUCCUGAAAGCAAAUCUUACAGAUUGGUUUGAGGAUAUAUCUGAAUGUAAUGCAUCGCCAGCUUUUGAUGUUCCUUUUGAGUUGAUAGACCUUCAGAAGUUUGAUUAUGCACUUGAAGGGGUUCAAUUUCAGCAGCUGAUACGGAUGCCUAAUGCUAUUCAUGCAUCAACAUCCAGCGAUGUCGAAGCAACUGCUUAUCUUGCUCUUGAGGAUUUCUUGCAUACCAGUGCACAUAGCCUGUGGGAAGCUUUCUGGGGGCAUGAGAAUGAUGUAAUGCCUUUCUAUGUCUCUUCUUUGUAUGAUGGGAACGUGAAAUUUUACGAAGCCGAAAAGGCUAUUGCUAAAGGUAAAAUUAGAGGGCUUUGUGCAUCAGCUAUAAUGCUAAAGAACCAAAGACAUCCACAGGGGAAGUGGGAUGACAUUGUUGAAUUGGCAUUGCUGAGGCCUGAUGUUGGGAGUCUAACAUCAGUGGAGGAUGAUCCAAUACCCCCCUUCUCUAUUAUUGGUGAAGCUUUGUUCUUUGCUCUUCGGGUAUUGCUCGCAAGGAGUAUCAGCAGAUCACAUAUUCCUCUGAGUUUGAAUUCUGUUUAUGUACUUCUAUUCGAUUCUCAAUAUGGCAGUGUUGUUAAAGUUGAAGGUGAUCUGAAUAAGUUGGAAUUUGAUCUAAACAAUGUAUAUGAAUCUGCCGCUGCUUGGUUCAAGAAUCAUUCACAAAUUGUAAUUUCCCCAGUUGAUAGGAUUUGGAACAAGCUAGGAAAUGCUAACUGGGGGGACAUUGGUGCUUUACAAGUACUUUAUGCUACAUUUCAUUCCAUCACACAAUAUGCUGGAAUGCCUAAGAAUUCAAUUGAGGAUUUAGCCGCUGACCACAGUUCCCGUCUUCAAACAAGAAGAAUUGAGAGGCAAUUGGGGGACAUGAGGGUAAAUGGGAAUGGUCUGUUUAGGUUCCAGCAUCAUACAGCUUCACCUGAAAUUGUAGAAGUACAGGAUGAAUCCACUAAAGUAGAUUCUGGGAAGUUAGUGAAGCUAGAAGUAGGGCAUGUUCUACUCUUAGAAGAUUCUAGUUGGCAAAAAGGUUAUCAGAUAGAUGAGGUUCUGAAUGAUGGAGAGAUUCAGUUUUAUCUUGCAUCUUCUGUUGAUGAUCCUGGACAGGCUUCGUUUCUGUAUGUUGGUUCAUAUCCUUCACAAUUGGAGCCAGCAUGGGAAGAUAUGAAAUUAUGGUAUCAAGUUCAGAGGCAAACUAAAGUACUGAGUGUUAUGAAACAAAAAGGUUUGUCCAGUAAGUAUCUUCCUCAACUGGAUGCAUCUGGCCGGGUAGUUCAUCCUGGUCAGUGUCGGAGACCAAGCUCAGGUGGUAACUGCGACCACCCAUGGUGUGGGACUCCUGUCCUAGUCACUACUCCAGUAGGAAGGACUGUUGCUGACCUGGUAAGAGCAGGCCAAUUUGGUGCAGAGGAGGCUAUCAGGUGUUGCCAUGAUUGUUUAUCAGCUCUGUCUGCCAGUGCUUCCGCUGGAAUCCGGCAUGGUGAUAUCAGGCCAGAAAAUGUUAUCUGUGUGAGAACUGGUAUGAGGCAGCCAUAUUAUGUCCUUAUUGGCUGGGGUCAUGCUAUUUUAGAAGAUCGGGAUCGCCCAGCACUCAAUCUUCACUUCUCUUCCACUUCUGCACUUCAGGAGGGAAAACUUUGUUCUGCUUCCGAUGCAGAGAGCCUGGUAUACAUGCUCUAUUAUUCUUCUGGCGGGGAUUUGCCUGUCCUGGACUCAGUUGAGGGAGCACUGCAAUGGAGGGAAACCUCGUGGUCAAGGAGGUUCAUCCAGCAGAAGCUUGGUGACAUCUCUGCUGUCCUGAAAGCAUUUGCAGAUUAUGUUGACAGCCUAUGUAGCACACCAUAUCCCAUUGACUAUGGGGUUUGGCUAAGAAGGUUGAGAAGACAUAUUCGUGAAGAAGAUAGUGGAAAGGAAGUCGACACGUCCGGUUAAAACUAUACACAGUUAUUACACUGGCAGGGUUUUAUCUCAUUUCACCUGUUCCAUUUCUAGUUACCAUCCCUGGAGCAGCCUUCUGAGAGUUCGGGGGUUAAACACCGAAGAAGAGAUGCCGUUUCUUAAAAGAUUUGGGGGCUGUUUCUGGUAAAAUAUAUAAAGAAGAUCAAAAGAUUUGGGGGCCGUUUCUGGAUAUGAUGUAUAAAGAAGAUGGAGGUGGAUCUUCCGAUGGAUGUGGGACAACCCUCAGCUUGUCCCUGACUUGAGCAUGAGAGCUCUGAUAUCUUCACCUGUGCCUGGAUAUUUUGUGAUUGGGCUGUUCCUGGUAUCAUGUUCCCGUGGCCAAGGCAAGGGCAAUGGGGAAUUAACUGCUGAGACAACUGGAAACGUGGACCUUGAGGGGAGCCCAGAGGACAUCUGACUCUUGGUUGUGGUCUUUGUACAAGGUAAAAUAGGAUGUCUUUUUUUUCUUCUUCAUUUGAGAAGGGUUGCCAAAGAGGUAUUGUAUUUAGAGUUGGUUAUUUUUUCAUGUAAAGAUAGACUAGAUCAAAUGUCUGAUAGGUGCAGUCCCAGUAGAGAAAAUGUCUGAUUGGUUGAACGUAGUUUUUGCUUGUUGACUAUGGUAAAUUACAACGAACACUCAAAUUUGAUAUAAUUAUAAAUAUCUCUCAUUUUAAAAAUUAUUAAUACCAAUUCUUAAUGAAA